AAUGAAAGUGACAAUCACCCUUGUAUUGUUAUUAGCAUUAGCUUCAGCCACAUCCACUUAAGAUUAAAUUCUUGCACUCCUUUAAACAGGAACAAAAGCAAGUGAUGCUAUUGACACUGUCUUUGGUUUAUUGAAUGAUUUAAUUCAAUCAAAUAAAGAUGCUCAAUUUGCAGCAGAUUAAAAGAAUGAAACAGAUGAAUGGAUUGGUGCAUAGUAAUUAUGUUUACUAAUUAUAGAACAAUAGAGUAAUUUACAAAAAUUAAGACUUUGAAUCAAAAGUUAUUCCAAUAAUCAAUUGAGAACAGAGCUCAAUUUGAAUAAGAUCUCCAUGAUACAAAGAAUUAUCUUGCAUGGAAUGAAUAAAGAUAAGAUGAAAUUAAUAGAAAGAUCUAAGUUCUUCUUGAUGAAUAAUGUCUUAGCAAUCAACUCUUUGUUAGAUCAAUCAAAUAAAAUAGAGAAGCUCUUGAAGUUGUAAGAUUACUUAAGUAAGAUGUUGCUGGAUAUAUUGUCAAUGGAGACUCCUUUGAAUUAGUUUAAGUUCAAAGUGUUGCUGAAAAAUUAAAGCAAUACAGCAAUACAUUCUAAGAAUAAGAAUUAUAAUCAUUCCUCUAAUUAGCCAAUAAAUAAGAAGAUGGUUCAGUAAGCAGAGGAGCAACAUUAGCUGAAAGAGUUUUGGUUGUUUUGGAAUCACUUGAAGUUAACCUUGCAGCCUCACUUGAAGCUCUUGAAGUUAAUGAAAUCAAUGCCUCAUGGGAAUUAGCUGGUUGGGUUUCAUUGAGUGAAGCUGAAGUAGAAAAUCUCAAAGUUGAAUAUGAAAGAAAAUAAGUCUAUGCUGAUAGAUUGGCUACUGUAAUAUUAAUUAAUUUAAUAUUUAGUAAAUUUAAGCUGCCUUAGCAUAAUAAGCUAAAUCAAAGAUUAUUCUUUAAGAAUCACAAGAUGCUUUAGAUUAAGCUUAAUCAGACUUGGAAAACAAGAGAGCUGAUUAUGCUGAAGCCAAGGCUAAAAGAGAUGAAGAGAAUGCCAUUCUUGCAGAAGUCAUCAUUAUGUUCAAGAAAUAAGUAGCUUCAUGGUCUGGAAGAUGAGAUUCAUCAUUUUAUAUUCAAUAUAAAUAUGAAUUCAUUUAUUCAAUGUUUCAUACAACAGGCAAUCAAAAUGUCAAUAUCUGAGACAUAUGCUUAGAAGAUUCCAAACAUAUUUGAAAUCAAUACUCUAUUGAUGAUAACUUUCAUAUUGUUAUUUGUCUGGAGAAUAAUUACAUUGAAAACUAAAACAUUUGCAAAUCCACUCAAGAUCUUAGGUAUUGCUACUUUGAAACUAAUACACUAUGUUUCAUCAUUAUAUAGUCUAAUCAUGUUUUCAUUUUUGAUGUAACAAUCUCUUAUAUAAUAAGUUCAUACGUGGCAGAUUAAUUGCCUUUUAGGAAUCUUAACAAAUUCAAAGUGAUAAAAAUCUUCUUUGUAAUUAUCAUUUUCUUUUGGGGAACAGACAUAAAUCUAUUUUCACUUACUAUAGUAACUCUAAUAGAAAAAACUACUAAAAAAGUCAUUUAAUCAUAUUAAAUACAGAAAGAAGAUGAGAUCUCAACUAUUUUAUCAUAUGUAUUAGCUUUAGGUAUAAUUCUCACAGUAUCUAUUUAUGAAGUAUUGUUAUUGUAAAUCAUUAGAUAUUUAUUUCAGAAGAUUAGGAUGGAUUUAAUAUAAUGGAAUUCCCUAUAUUCAAUUUGUUAAUGAUAGGUUUAUUCUUUUUGGGUUUGCAGAAAAUAACCUACAAUAUCACAAAAGACCAACACAACAAAUUUAUAGGUAUAAUAAUGUGUCUCUUAUUUUUGAUUUAUGAAUUGAAAGAUAAAAUAUUUGAUCCUUUCAAUCAUUAAGUGAUGUGGAUAAGUCUUUUAAUUUUAGCUACUCUAAACAUCUUUGAGAAUACUGAAGAAGAUUAAUAAUUGAUAUAGAGUAAUAAUCGAAUAGUUGGAGAUGAUGAAAUUUCAUUCCAAGCAUUCCUUAAUCAUUUAAAAAAUAAUUCAGAUUCAAAAAAGUUAAUGAUAUAACUAUCUCUUAAUUUUUCAUUUAUGUUUGUAGAAUUAAUUUAUGGUUGGAUUAGUAAUAGUUUAGGAUUGAUCACAGAUUCAUUACAUAUGCUGAUUGAUUCAAGUGCAUUAGCAAUAGCAUUAUUUGCUAGUUUUAUGGCCAAAAGAAAAGCAAAUUCAACAUAUACAUUUGGUUAUGAAAGAGUAGAAAUAUUAUCUGGAUAUGCAAAUGGUGUAUUUUUAUUAUUUGCAGUUGUUGAAAUAAUAUCAGAAUCUUUUGAAAGAGUAAUAACUCCUUAAGAAGUUCUUCCUGAAAAGAUGUUGAUUGUAUCAUUCUUAGGGUUACUAGUUAAUGUAAUUGGAUUAUUUUUCUUUCAUAAUCAUGGACAUAUUCAUUCAGAAGAAGUAGAUUAAUAAUUGGAAGAAAAACAUCAUCAUCAUUGUUCUCAUCAUCAUGAUCAUAAUCAUAAUUUAUCUGGUGUAUAUUUACAUAUUCUAGCUGAUGCUUUAGGAAGUGUUGCAUGUAUCAUAUCUGCAUUGCUUAUAUAUUACUAUUAGUUUCAUAUGGCUGACCCUAUAGCCUCAAUCAUUAUUUCAUUACUCAUUCUUACCACAACAAUUACAUUACUUAAAGAUACAAGUAAAAUAUUAUUGAUGCAUGUACCAUUUUCAGGUAAAAAAGUGUUAGCUGCUAUUUCUCAUGAUGUAAUUAGAAUUAUAAUCUAUUUUUAGUUUAAUUAUAGAGGAUUUGAACCUUAAGAAAUGAAAUUGUGGUAAUACAAAGAAAAAAAAUUAGUUUUUACAGCAAGAUUUCAAAUAAAAUAAGAAGAUGAAGCUUAAAUCAAAUAAGAAAUAGAUAAUAUAGUUUCAAAGCAUAAAGAAGUUGUAAUUAAUGCAAUUGAUUUUGAUUAUGUUGACUGA